AUGAGUAACAAAAGGAUCAACGCCGUGUUGAUUUCUCAUGGGUCUGAUCGGCCACGGAUGAUACCUCAUCAAAGGAUCUUCAUCGUUCUUUUCCUUACAAUACUCGUAACAUUGCCUUCUUAUGAAAGCCGUGCCAGGAAUACUCAGAAUACUCAGAAAUUAAUUAGAAAUAGAGAAAUGUACAAGUUACCUGAAGAUAAAUUUCUACCCAACUAUAUAAAAGAUGAUUGGAAAAAAGAAAAUCUUCACAUAAAACGAAAUAAUGAAACAUGGAGUUCGAUAUCUGUACAACAGCAAAGGAAGAAUAAUUAUAUACAUCAAUCUCCAUCUUUUAACUUUACACACAAUCAUACAAAAUAUAAUGAAUUAUCAAUGUACAAUGAACAAAGUUUAACACACAAGAGAUUCAAAAGAGGUGUGAUACAUUUGUACAAUAUGGUAGUAUGCGCCACUGGAUGUAACCCUUUAGCUUACAAGGGAUAUGGAUGUUACUGUGGCUUUUUGGGUUCAGGAUAUGUAAUAGAUGAGAUAGAUAGGUGCUGUAAAAUGCAUGAUUGGUGUUAUGAUGCUACAGAUUGUCCAACGUUUUCAGAAUACUUUGUACCAUACUAUUGGAGAUGUUAUCAUGGAUAUAAACCAAUAUGUGCUGUUGAGCAUGGAAACUGGGGAGGAUCUGGAUCAUGUGCUCAGCGAUUAUGCGAAUGCGAUCGUUCAUUCGCCGAAUGUUUAAAACGUUAUCCGUGCCCAACGACCAAAGCUGUAUGUACUUCUUCACCUUGGAGAUUGGUGCAAAAUCUUUUUAUGAUUAUGUAAUUAUCGAUAUAGAAUUAUAAAAUUGAGUUAAGAGUUAAUUAAUUUAUAAUCUGAUAAUAUCGUGUUCAUGCCAAAGAUAAGAAGUGUAGUUUAAUAAAUAUUGUAACAUUUAUUAUAAUAAAAGGUACAAAUUUUUCUAUAACAUUAUAAAGUAACAAUACACAUUGAAUUUAGCAAAAGAAUAAGUGUUCAUUAAAAUGUACAAAAAAGUAUAUAGUAAAUUACUUAUAUAAUACAUGAUAUUAUCCAUUUUUCCUAUUUUCCAGUAAAAUCUUAUUUACAAUCAGUUCACAUGCUUUUUAUUUUAAUUAUUUAUAACAUAUUUAUACCUCCGGUUAAAUGUACAAUUCUGUUUUUAUAUUUCUUUGAAAUAUCUUUUUCAAUCUGGAAGUAAUAUGAAAAAAUUAAUAAAUAAAAAUAUACUAAUAUAUGAAACUUAUGAAUGAAAAAUUAUUGCAGAUACCUCUGUUUGUAAUUCUUUUGUUCUUUGUAUAAGAAGUUGAAGAAGAGGUCGAACGGUAGAAACUUCUUUUGCGAAGUUUUCUCGUUUUUCUCUCAUAGAGUUUUGUAAAACUAUCAUUUUAUCAACCAAACUUAAUUUUUGUUUUAAUGAUGAAGUUAAAACAUCUACGUAUCUGUAAAAAGAAAUAAAUAUUGUAAUUUCUUUAAAAUAAUGUAUAAAUGAUAAUGUAUAAAUAAUAUUACAUAAUAAUGUACAAAUGAUAUUACAUCAAUUUUGUUUACCUUACAGAAUGUUUGAUGUUGUGUAA